AGUGGCAAUCCAAUGAGAGACAUGCUGGGACGACCGCUGUUCAAAUUUUUCCACUUAUCAGCAGCGACCGCUGUGCCGCCAUCUUCAUCUACUGAAUAUCACCAGUUAAAGGAGGACAAAGACGAUGAAAGACAUCAGCACAAUAGUCGAGCUACAUCCUUGAACCGGCGCACUGAUCCCAUGUGCAUACCUAAAACCAGAAAGGAAAACAGUUUAAAUGAAUAUGCCUUCUGUGAAGGACUCUGUGAUAAUGAAUACAUGCUGGUGGAUAUCAACCAAAGGUUAUGCAAGAGCGUCGACAUCGAAAAACGUCCACAUGAUGCAAAUAUGGAUCAGCUAGAUCGAGUGCCAGUUGAUUUUUCCGCCCCAUCUGGUCCAACGAUUAUAACUGAUCCGGACGAGGUUGAGGAGAUACUGAAGUGUGGUGAAUCUCGAGCUAUUUACAAGGAUCAUUCCAAAAUUUACGGUCUUGCAUCUUGCUCAAUGUAUCGUGCUGAACGUUGGUUCCACCACAAUGCUGAUAGGAGUAAAGUGGAGCGAAUGUUGCAAAGAACUGGCGGAGAGGAUGGCUCCUUUUUGGUUCGCGUCAAUCAGCGGAAUUGUUUGAUACUCACCAUGUGUCAUCAUCAGAAAAUUUAUAACAUUUAUAUCAACGUUAAAGUUGAAGGACACAAAACAACAUUUUUCAUUGAAACACUGCAUCAGUUUUCCAAUCUGAUAGACCUGGUUAAGUAUUAUACUCAGCAUCAAGGAUUAUUGCUCCCAUGUAAACUCACCAGAGGAGUCGCGCUCAGAUGGCCUGAUUGCACAAAGAGAGGUAUAACAAAUCGGUUGUGUGUUGAGGAAGAUUAUUAAUUCACAAAGAACUGGAGGAUGGGAAGUGUCACAUCAGAAAAAUAUGGUCGUCGAACAAACGAGAAUAUCCGUUAAAGAAAAUGAGCGUAUUUUUCGACAAAAUGAAAGGACCAAAAAACUGAUGUAAGACGAAAAAAUAUUCUUUAUUCUUCAUAUCAAAACGGAUCCUGUUUAAGCAAUAUUUCUAAAACUCACGUUAAUUCCACAACAGAACAAGAAACCAUACAUAACUACACC